AUAAAGAGCUAUCUGCCAUGUCGGAGCCUGACGUGUUUCUGAACGCUGACUGUCAAAAGUCCACGAAUGUGAAGGAUGAUCGAGUAAGAACCAGAGAGGUAUGGUCCAGGAAGAGAGAGUACAUUCUGUCACUCCUUGGGUACUCAGUUGGCCUUGGCUCACUUUGGAGAUUUCCCUAUCUUUGCAACAGAAAUGGUGGUGGUGCGUUUCUCAUUCCCUACUUUGCUGGGAUUUUCACGUGUGCUGUUCCACUCUUCUUCCUCGAGGUUUCCAUUGGCCAGUUCUCGAGCAAGAGUGCAUCACAUGUUUGGGCCAUUUGUCCUUUGUUUAAAGGUAUUGGUAUCUCCCAGGUUGCAGGCUCUUUCAUUGGAUCCCUGCCUUACAAUGUCAUCAUUGCCUGGUCUAUUUACUACUUGUACCGGUCUUUCUGGUCAGUGUUGCCAUGGACAACGUGUGACAACUGGUGGAACACGCCCCUCUGCGUCACUAAGCUUAGCAACAGUUCAUCUAUCACUGACGCCUACCUAAAUAACAACACGGAUGAUCAUCUGCUGCUCAACUCUGCAUGGCGAUCGCCGAAUGAAACGUUGACGGCGUCAGAGGAGUUUUGGCAAUACAACACACUGAGAGUGUCAAGCGGUAUUGACAAUGUCGGAACAGUUCAGGUUCAUCUCCUCCUCUGCAUCCUUGUCUCUUGGGUCAUUGUGUUCCUUUGUGUGAUGAAAGGUGUAAAGUCUGUUGGAAAGAUUGUGUACGUGACUGCCCUUCUUCCCUACGUUCUCCUGGCGGUGCUACUGAUCAGAUCGUGCAUGAUGCCGGGUGCUGCGGAGGGUAUAUUGUAUUUCCUCCGUCCAGACUUUUCUCGCCUCGGCAAUGUACAGGUUUGGCUGGAAGCUUUGCUACAAGGGUUUUAUUCUAUGAGUACAACAUUCGGAGGCCUCAUCACCAUGAGCAGCUACAACAACUUCCACAACAACUGCUUCAGAGACGUAGUGUUAAUUACUGUGAUCGGUGAAGCCAGCAGUAUUUUCUGUGGUCUUGUGGUCUUCUCUACACUGGGCUUCAUGGCGCAACAGGCUCAGAUACCUAUAUCAGAAGUUGUGUCAUCUGGUGCUGGGCUAGGGUUCAUCAUAUAUCCAGAAGCAAUUUCCCAACUACCGGUGUCACAGCUGUGGGCAGUGCUGUUCUUCAUCAUGCUGUUAACAAUGGGAAUAGAUUCUCUGUUUGGUCCCAUGGAAACGGUUAUAGCAGGCAUAAUAGAAGCGUGCCCAAAAUACCUUCAACAUCGAAGAAUGCAUGUCACCGCUGGAGUGUGUCUGCUAAGCUUUGGAAUUUCCAUUCCCUAUGCAACCAAUGGUGGCGUAUACCUCUUUCAGCUGUUAGAUUGGUAUGCAUCCUCGUUCAACACACUGCUCAUCGGUUGUCUGGAGUGUGUCGCAAUUAAUUGGAUCUAUGGUUCUGACAGAUUUAGCAACGAUGUUGAAAUGAUGAUGGGAAGACGUUUCCCGAUGGUGCUUAAAGUCUUGUCUUCCUACUUCACCCCGGUCAUUCUUUUUGCGUCGCUGGUAUUUUCUCUGUUUCUCUAUGACCCCCCAAGCUAUGGCGAGUACAUCUACCCUGAAUACGCAAGGGUGAUUGGAAUCUUAAUGGCAGUAGUGAUGUCAUUGCCAAUACCUGUCAUGUUGGUAUACCAGCUUGUCAAGAAGAAAGGAACAUUUCUUGAGCGUCUCCGCCUCGCAAGCUCUCCGGCCACUGACUGGGGUCCUUCGCGUUCUGAAGACAAAGAACGAUAUCUUGAGGAGAUGCACCAGCAACCAGAAAGUCUUAUUAUGCGACUAUUACACUCGAAAAACAAACAACCUGCAUGACGCACAAAACAACAACGACGAUUUAUAUGCUCAGGAUAAUAUUGAAGCAUUUCUAGUUAUUAUGUUUGCCAAGUAUGUUAUUAGUAUUUUUCAGAAUCAGCUUUAACGUAGUAAGUGAGUGACUUAAUAUUGUUUUACGCCACCGUCAGCAAUUAUUUACAACUGCAGAUCGUUUAAGUAUCGAUGUUAACAGUUUCGUGACAGAAGUAAACAUUAACAUUAUAAAUCAUUUCAUCAUCAACCUUUCCCUUUGAGUUAAUGAAGUAAUGUAUACAGCUCCUCUACGACUGGAGUUACGUUUAAGCAAUUACAAAUCUAUCAUUUCAUACAUUCGUUGUACAUGAACUAAUGAUGGUAUUCAAUCUUUAGGCACCGGUGAUGAAAAGUGCAUAGUAUUGGUUCCUCCAUGUUUGUCGUGUUACGAUACUCAAUCCUGCUUUGUUGUUAUUAGAAAAGUUGUACUAACCUAUAUGAUGUAUGGCUCGCUUCAGCUAAAUUGCCAAUAUUUGAUGUGCUCAGUAUAUCACGGAUGCUCUAUGUAUUAGAAAUACAGUGUUGAUUAUCUUGUCACAAUAUAUAAGGCUUUCU